AAUUAAUUUAGUGUUUUUUACAGUGAAAAAUCAUCAAAAUCAUGGGAAAACGCAAAAGAAAAGACGAUUUGGAAAAGCAGUUACGAAAACUGAGAAGGAAAAUUGAUAAAUUAGAGGAUAAAACAUCGAAAGGACCCUCAAGAAAACGAUCAAGGUUAAGAAGCCGAUCUACAAGUGUCAUCAGAUCUACAAGUGUUAGCCGAUCCCCAAGUGCAUGUAUGUCUCCAAGAGGCGUACGUAGCCGCUCACGUUCACCCAGUUUAUACGAGGUGUCCCCAAGAAGUCGAUCACAAAGUGCCCACAGAACGGACCAACCAACAGUCAUGAUUAAUAAUGACCCACCAACGGUCAUGGCUCCGGAUGACCUGCCAACCGCCCCUUCAGGGACAUGUUCACCACCACCACCACCACCACCUAAUGCAGAUACACAAAAUGAUGAAAGUAAUGGUAUAGAUCACGAUAUAUUAAUGGCUAUGGGCACGGUGGAAGAGGAAGUAGCGGUUGGACCUGCUAUUCAUCCUGAGAUAGCUCAGAGGUGGACACCUAUCCUCACUAAAGGUCUGAAAAAAGAGGAAAAAGUGUCAAUAAUUAAGAAUUAUGCUGCAUUUAGCAACGUGCCAGCAAUGAUACCACCAAAACUUAACGCGGAGCUGGUACAUGCCUUGACAGAUCCUCCGAAAAACAGAGAUUCUAUUAUAGAAUCACGGCAAAAGAAUAUUUCAGCUGCAUUAGCAGCUGUUGGCUGUGGCCUACAGUGUUUCUUAACAAAAGGAGACAAAGUAGAAGGAAUCAAAAAUAUUAAUGAAGCUGCUAAACUAUUAUGCGACAUUAUGUAUACUGAAACAGUUGGCAGAAGAAAACUUAUCCAAAGUGUGGUUAACAAAGAAAUGAAAGAUUCAUUACAGGGGAGUCCAGAUGAAUUUCUUUUUGGCAAUGGUCUCACAGAAAGAAUCAGAACAACAAAGGCGGUGCAGAAAUCUGCGCAGGACUUAACAAGAACUAAUCAACCAUCCCGGCAAAAUAUUCAAAAUCAGAAGCCUUUAAACUCGCGGGCCCCUCCUCAGCACAAACGCAAGAGCAACGAGUACAAAGAAUACCAUGUGAGAGGGGGGAAGAAGAUGAACCAGCCUCCACAAGCCAAGAAACCGAGACCACCACUGCAACAACGGCGCUACCCCACUCAGAACAAUCAAUCAGGACGCAAGUAAACAACCAGGACAAUCCAUCCACUACAUGGGAGCCUAACAUUGAUGGCAGGACUGCUCUCCGGUGCAGUUUUUUAGCAUCAGGAUUAAGUGAGGAAGCGGUGAAUGUUAUGAUUUGCUCAAUUUCUGAAAACACACUGAAACAAUAUUCACCUUGCAUAAAAGAUUGGAUUACAUACUGCCAUACAAAUCAGAUAAGUACAAUAAAGGCUAAUAUUCCAGAAAUCAUAAAAUAUUUUACAAAAAAGUUCAACGAAGGCAUGUCCUAUGGAAGUUUGAACUCUUUGAGAUCAGCCCUGUCACUCUUUUUAGGCUCUCAUAUUGGAACAGACCAUAACAUUAAGAGACUAUUCAAAGGUUUCUUUAGACUUCGACCAUGUGCCCCUAAAUAUGAUUAUACAUGGAAUGUUUCAGAGGUCCUAGAGUAUAUAGAAAAUGUGUAUGCAUCAUGUGAUAACUUAGAAAUGUGUUCAAAAAAGACUGUUACUCUUUUAGUUUUAGCUACGGGUCAUAGGGCCCAAACCAUUUGUGCCAUUGAUAUAGACUUAAUUAAGAUAGAGUCUAAUGUUGUUCACAUUAAAGUAGCAAAGUUAGUUAAAACUUCAGCACCUAAUAGGUUACAACCUUUCAUUAGGUUACCCUUUUUUAAUGAUAGGCCGUUUAUUUGCCCUGCUCGUGCUGUAAUUGAUUAUUUGAAUAUGACUAAAAGUAUUAGGAAAGAUUGUAAGAAUCUAUUUUUAUCUUACAGAAAACCUUACAAACCUGUUACUGUCAGUACAAUCAGCCGCUGGAUCAAGACUGUGCUACAAGAAAGUGGCAUAGACAUAAAUACCUUCUCUGCGCACAGCACGCGUCACGCGUCAACAUCUACAGCACUAAAGAGAGGAGUCUCGAUUGACGAGAUCAGGAGAACGGCUGGUUGGACUGAUAGUUCUAGUUGUUUCGCAAGGUUUUAUAACCGUCCUGUAAGGAACGUAAGUUUUGCAGAAGCUGUAUUUUCUUAAUUAUUAUUUUGUUUAAGAAAUUUGUUAUUGGUUAAGGUAUUAUUGAUAAACCUAACUAAUAAAUAAUCUGAUUUUACAACAGUCUUUAAACAUCUACCUUAGUGAAAUAGUUCAUCAUCGAGGACGAGACAACAAC